AUGAAUAGGUCUCCAGGUGAGUUUCAAAGAUUCGCUAAGACAUUGCAGCAGCAGCUGCAAAGAGCGCAGAAGGCAGGAAAUGGCAAAGGACCACAGGCCCCAAGAGGAGCGUUUGCUGGGCUAGGUGGGCUUGUGCUUCUUGGAGGUGGUGCAUUCCUCCUUAACUCGUCGCUGUUCAACGUCGACGGUGGUCACAGGGCGAUCAUUUACUCCCGUCUGAACGGUGUGCAGUCCCGGAUUUUCGCCGAGGGUACGCAUUUCGCUAUCCCAUGGUUCGAAACCCCAAUCGUGUACGACGUGCGCGCCAAGCCCCGCAACGUGGCGUCCUUGACCGGUACCAAGGACUUGCAGAUGGUCAACAUCACCUGCAGAGUGCUGUCAAGACCAAACGUGUCGCAAUUGCCCACCGUGUUCCGGACCUUGGGUCAGGACUACGACGAGAGAGUGCUCCCUAGUAUCGUGAACGAGGUUCUGAAGUCCGUGGUCGCGCAGUUCAACGCCUCGCAGCUAAUUACCCAGAGAGAGAAGGUCUCGAGGCUUAUCCGCGAGAACCUGGUGCGCCGUGCGUCGAAGUUCAACAUUCUGCUGGACGAUGUGUCCAUCACCUACAUGACGUUCUCGCCAGAGUUCACGUACGCAGUGGAGGCCAAGCAAAUCGCGCAGCAGGACGCACAAAGGGCUGCGUUUGUGGUGGACAAGGCCAGACAGGAGAAGCAAGGUAUGGUGGUCAAAGCUCAAGGUGAAGCCAAGUCGGCGGAGUUGAUUGGUGAAGCCAUCAAGAAAUCCAAGGACUACGUUGAGCUGAAGAGACUGGACACCGCCAGGGAGAUUGCGACCAUCUUGAGCCAGUCCCCUAACCGUGUGAUUCUGGACAACGAGGCGUUGUUGUUGAACACUGCGGCAGACACCAGGAACAGAAAGUAA